CUCAAUCCUAGCUUCUCACCAUUCGGUUGAAAAGGAGAACAGAGAAUGGGGCAGAUAUUUGCGGUACCCAGAAGUAAUCCUCCGUCGGUCUCUUCGCCAAAACCUUCUACACUCGAACAACCUCGUACAUUCAACUUAACUAAACAAUGCCUCCCUACCGCACCGAACCGCCGCGGCGCUCUCGCCGACUUUCCAAGCAGACACCCAAAAGAUAUGACGAGGAUGGUUUUGAGAUGUACGAUCCAGAGCUCCUCGCCGAUCGAUACUCGCCCGAAUCUACUGGCCCUUCCCACUCACCUCAUAUCCCUCACCUUCCCGCCGAGUUUCCUUCUACUCCUUCAUCCUCCGAUCGACGACAUUCCCCUCUUCCUCGCUCUAGUCACCCCCGUAAAUCCAACGAACACGUUCCUCGUCCUCCAAACUCCUUCAUGCUCUUCCGUUCAGGUUUCUGGGCGCGCCAGAAGCAUAACCCUACCGAACGCGACCAUCGCGAAAUUAGUCGCAUGGCUGCCAUUGCUUGGAAUAACCUCUCGGAGACGGAAAAGGACCACUGGCGCGAGCUCGCAGCGAUUCGUAAAGCAGAUCAUGCCCGACAAUAUCCUGAGUACAAGUAUGCUCCCACCUCCCGUCGCAAGUCACGAACUCAAAAAAAGAAGGCACCUCGGAACAAUCAGAGGGAAGUCGCUAGAUGUCAGCAGCUUGCUGAGCAUCUCAUGUCGGGCCGGAGUUUCGAUGGUUUGGAGCCCUUCACCUCGCCCGAACAAGCGCCAUCACUUUCUGCACCAUCACCCUCAUCGUUUGUGGAGGUGAAGCGUGAGUCACCGCCGCCCACUCUUGGCUUUGACUCUUUCCCCGUGUACAAAGAGCGCAUUAGCUCUCCUUCCACAUCGCAACUCUACGGUGUGGAUGUACAAUCCUUCGGUGGCUCACCUCGCCGUCUCAGUUUUAUCGACGAUGAUUAUGAAUUGCAAGAUCACAGUCUCAUUAAGGCAGAGGACGAACUGGUGUAUCCUGAUGAUGCCUUCGUACCUACUCAAGACAUUCCACCACUUGAUUUGCCUUCUCCGGCAGUUCUCCCUGCAAUGAACGCGUUUCGGGUCGAAAAGGUUGAACCUCAACGUGUGUCUCCCAGACUUGGGUCUCCCACUCUUCCUGCGGACCGCGAGAUCGACUACCAGUUCGGAUACAGACCUCAAAUCUAUAACCUCGAACCUCAGCAGACAGUUUUCACCGCUCCUGGUGGAUAUACAGAGGUGUCAAGCUUCGCCAGUCACGAUUACUACGGGCCGCCUGCCUCCGCAAGCGAUGAUGUUUCCAUGUCGUCAAAUCCUUACGAGUUAGAACACCUCAACCUUGAAUACAAUGUCGUUGGCACGACUACUACUUAUCCAUCUAUCGGUUAUGGAAAUCCCUUCAACGAGGAAUUUCUUCACGACUUGGCUCAAUCCAACUCAUCCUACCGAUUUGACUGA